AUGCUUGAUGCAUCUAGUGGAGGAGUGCUAUUGUCCAAAUCCUAUGAAGAACGAUAUCGUUUGAUUGAAAGUAUUACUGCUAAUACUUAUCAAUGGCCUAUUUCCCGAGCCAAUGUGAGCACACCUCAAAAGAGACCUGCUGGAGUUCACAAAGUCACCGAGACUACAGCCCUUGCUACACAAGUGGCACAAAUUCAUCAAAUGAUGAAGAAUUUGAUGACUCAAGACACGCCAAAACCAGAACCAGUAAAGGUGGUUACUAAUGCUUCAGAAGUUACCUGUGUCUACUAUGGAGGGGCACAUUUAUUUGAAGAGUGUACUGCAAAUCCCGUUUCUGCCAAAUAUGUGGGCAACAACAGGUACAAUAACCCCUACAGUAACACCUACAAUCCUGGGUGGCGCAAUCUUCCUAAUUUUUCAUGGAGUAAUAGUCAAGUUCUUAUCACAAGGAGUGAGUAUCAAAAACCCAGAGAACCAAAUGCGGAAAUUGCCACAACUUUGAGUUCAAGACCACAGAGGGCACUUCCUAGCUCCACUAAAGCACCCACUACAUAUAGGGUGAAGAAUGUAGUGACUUGCAAAGUUAUUAAACUAAGAAAUGGAAAAGAAUGUGAAACACCCCCACGUAAAGAAACUGAGGCUAGUGGAGCCCUGCCUGAUAAGGACAACACUAAAGAGAGAGACGUGUCUGUUAGGGAACCGACCUCGGUAGAAAAUGAUAAAGAGAGACGAGUUGAAAUUAAUCAUGGCAAGACUCCUAAGUCCUCUAAGAAACCUGAGGACUUGGCACAGUCAGGCAAUGAUAAGAAGUUUGUUCAAGAAAGGCCACCACCUCCCUUUCCACAAAGGAUUAGGAAGGCAAAAGAGGAACAACAAUUUGGCAAGUUCAUGGAGAUACUCAAGCAACUUCACAUCAACGUACCUUUGAUAGAAGUGUAG